AUGACCAGCAGUCUAGUCGCAACAUACGACCUUGAUGCUCAAUCAACAGACUCGAUCAAAGAUGUUGCGAAGCAGAUGGCGCAGGAUCUGGCGUCAUUCUACAAUGGCAACGAACCUGGUCAAACCCCUGGACUUCUCCCACAACCAUAUUACUGGUGGGAGGCUGGCGCAUUGAUGGGUACAUUCGUUGACUACUGGUAUUACACUGGAGACACCACCUAUAACGACAUCGCUUCCCAGGGUCUACUCCACCAGGUUGGCCCUUACAACGACUACAUGCCCCCUAACCAGACCCUAACUGAAGGUAAUGAUGACCAAGGAUUUUGGGGAAUGGCUGUCAUGUCUGCGGCCGAAUACAAGUUCCCGAACCCCCCUUCAGGUCAACCCGGAUGGUUGGCAUUAGCUCAAGCCGUCUUUAACACUCAAGCUGCCCGUUGGGACCCCGACCACUGCAAUGGUGGAUUGCGUUGGCAGAUCUUCACAUGGAAUAACGGAUUCGAUUACAAGAAUUCCAUCUCGCAGGCCUGCUUCUUCAACAUCGCCGCGCGACUAGCCCUUUACACUGGAAACAGCACUUACGCCGACUGGGCCACUAAGACUUGGGAUUGGAUGGUGAAUGUGAAGUUCAUCGACAGCAAUUACAGGAUUUACGAUGGAGGCCAUAUCGAGGACAAUUGCACCACCAUUACACCCUACGAAUUCUCCUACAAUGUUGGUGCAUUUCUUCUCGGAACCGCUGCCAUGGUGGAGUAUUCGAACACUACUUCGAAGAAGUCGGGCGACGUCGAGAUGUGGAGCGAACGAGUCGAUGGAAUAUUGAACAGUACAGAGCAGAUUUUCUUCUUUGGAAACGACACCGCGGAUAGAAUUAUGAUCGAGAUUGCCUGCGAACCCGUGAACUUGUGCGAUACCGAUGAGUUGUCGUUUAAGGCCUAUCUCAGCCGAUGGAUGGCUGCGACAACGAAGUGGGCUCCAUGGACGUUCGACCGAAUCAAGACCCUCCUGUCGAAUUCUGCCGUAGCUGCAGCGAAGCAAUGCACAGGUGGCGACAAUCACCGCAUGUGCGGAUUAAAAUGGGCGAACAAUAGCGGGCAAUGGGAUGGCACGACUGGCGUGGGACAACAGAUGGCUGCCUUGGAGGUAGUACUCGCCAACAUGAUCCAACAAGCCGAAGCGCCAGUCACCAACGGCACUGGUGGAACAAGCGCUGGCAAUCCUUCAGCUGGAGGUUCAGAUGAUGGGCGAGUGGACCCCUCUGGAAGGUUGUACGGGCCGACAACCUCAGGCGAUCGAGCAGGCGCAGCUAUAUGCACUGUCGUUAUUCUCUUCGGCCUCCUAUCCGGGGUGGUCUUCAUGGUGACGGACGAGACGAAAUCGGUAGCCGAUAACUGGGCUAGCGCUCGCUCGACCGUCUCAGGAACAUCCGGAUUAGCCCUAUUAGCUGUGGGUAAAAAACCGACGAAUGAAGAGAAGGGGAAGGGAGUCGCGAUGGAUCGAAGUUCGAGCACCGACACGGGCGAGAAGAUCCUGGCCGUCUACACGGGUAGCAAGUUACAGAAGCGCUCCGAUAGCGUGCAGGAGCCCAACCGACAAAGCCUGAACCGAAACCGCCUAUCGGCUCCUCCGGGCGCAUUUUCCCCCACCGCAGACGCUACGACGGCACCGAAUCGCCGCUCCUCGACGAAUACGAUCGCGCGAAGAGCAUCAGUGCUGAGAAAGCAGCAACAGUAA